AUGGUGACAUCGAACACCAGCGGUUUCGCUCUCUUUUCAUCUCCCUCUGUGCGCUUUAGGUGUUCGCACUCUCUUCAUCCUCGUCGGAGUACACGCGCUGCUUUGAUGAUACGCAACCACAGCAACAUCACUAAAAACAAAAGAAUCUCUUGCGGCGACGCCAUCGUCAACGACAGCGUUUCGACGAUUCCUCCGGAAUCGCACUCGAUGUUUGAUGUCAUCGUCGUCGGAAACGGUCCUUUAGGUUCCGCGAUCGGUUUACACGCGUCUGUGUCGUCGUCUGGUAAAAAAAGCGUGUUGAUUUUAGACUGCGGCUCGGAAAGUCUGAGCUCCGGGUCGGACGACCUCGGGAGAAUCGUUCGGCCGUUAGAUGCGGAAGGCAGGGAGGAGUGGACGCAGUUAAACAUCGAUUCGAUCGAGAGUUUUGCAAAGGUACAAGAGGAGAGCGAGAUUGCAUUCUUCGAAAAGAAAGGGAGCUUGAGCGUCGGCUCCGACUUGUUCGUGUCAAAACCGGCGAGCUUGUUACGGGCGAAAAAGAUCGAACACGAGAUUGUAAGAGGCGGGGAAGAGAUAUGCGCGAAGUUCGCGUACCUGAAUCGAAGGACGAUUCCGGAGGAGUACGUCGCGGUUUCCGAUCGAGUGGGCGGAUACGUUUCGCCGCAUAAGAUGCGCGCGGCGUUUAAUCGGUUGGCGGUGAAAAAGAACGACGGGAGGACCGUGGUGUGCGUGCAAACCGCCGAGGAGAUUCUCUGGACGGACGGUGAUGGUGGUUUUGUGAAAGUACGAACGACGGAUGGGAACGUAUACGCGGCGAAAGAAAAAGUCUUCGUCGCGUGCGGGUAUUACACGCAACCGUUACUGCACCGCUCGAAAAUAGACAUGGAGAGUUUAGAAGACGUGAAGAUUUCAAAGAGGACGAUUAUUUUAGCUAAAGUUUCCGAGGAAGACGCGAAAGGUCGAUUUCGUGAUAUGCCGACGAUUAAGUACGAGUUACCGGAAGACGUGAGAAGUAAAAGCGCCGCGACUGACGCGAGCGCCAACGCCGCUUCCGAUCAGAGCAAAAACGAAGCGAAAAGCGUGUACAUUCUGCCGCCGAUUUGGUACCCGGGCCCGGUGCCUUCGCCCGGGUAUUACGUGAAAAUAGGAGGAGGACCGAAUGAUUUUAUGACGCUAUCUAAAGCGGUCAUGUUUGACGAAAAGAAGAGCGGCAACGUUCAAAAUGAAAAAGAAAAGACGCCCAUAGAACAGCGCAAAGAGUUAGACUCGGUUUGGGAAGACCAUCGAAAGGCCACUUACGAAGACCAAAAAGAGGACAUCGAAUCGUGGAUGAGUUCGGACGGCGACCCGGAAAUCGUGCCGCAACUCAAAACCGCGUUACUGCACGUCUUUCCAGACGUCGAAUUUGAAGCGUUUGAAACGAAGGCGUGCGCGACGACGUGCACGUCAAACGGGAGUAUGAAAAUUGAACACUAUUUAGACGGUAAAAUAUGCGCAGUUACCGGAUGCAAUGGAAAAGCCGCCGGUCCGGCGUACGCGAUUGCUCGAGAAGUCGUCGCGAAUGCCAAAUUUGUAAAACAUAUCAUUUAA